AUGGCCAUUUAUCUCAACGCACCGCCGGCAGCUACCACCACGGCCGCAAGCAGCUGCCAUGCCUUCUCCGGCGGCAGCCUCCGUCUACUCCGGCCGAGCCGACCGGCGAUGCACGUGACGUGCCAAGCCUCCUCAUCCUCCUCCUCCCAGCAGCAGCCGUCCCCGUCCAGGAGGUCAGCCUGCGUCGGCCUCGGCCUCGGCCUCAGCUUCGCGUGCGCCGUCCCGCUCCGCCCACGCGCCGUCGCCGCCGCAACUGACGCCGGCGACGAGGAGCCGGCCAACAACGGCUGGUGGCUCACCGAGUUCCCCUUGCCCACGCCCAAGAUCGUCAACAAGGAGAUCAACAACGCCGACACAGGGACGCGGUCCUUCCUGAAGAACGGCAUCUACAUGGCGGACAUCGGCCCCAGCUUCGCGGCGCACGCGUACCGGCUGCGCAGCACGGCCUUCGACCUGCUGGCGCUGGAGGACCUGCUCGGCAAGGACGCCUCCAACUACGUCAACAAGUACCUCCGCCUCAAGUCCACCUUCAUGUACUACGACUUCGACAAGCUCAUCUCCGCCGCCGCCGACAAGCCCCCCUUCGUCGACCUCGCCAACCGCCUCUUCGACAGCUUCGAGACGCUCCAGGAGGCCGUCACCGCCAAGGACGACGACAGGAUCAGCGGCCGCUACGCCGAGACCAAGGUCAUCCUCCAGGAGCUCAUGGCGAAGAUGGCCUAG